GCCCCUCCGCAUCGGGAGCAGCUCCUCCUCCGCUCCGAUCAGGCCUUAAAUACGACUCUUUCGGCUCCUUUCGGCCUUCUCUACCAGUUUUAAUCACUGCUAGGAGGCUGCACGGGCCGACUGCCACCUCACUUGCUGUCGCUGUUUCCACAAAACCGUCAAGAUGACUCAUCAGUUCCCAUCACUUUCUCCGGAGCAGAAGAAGGAGCUCUCUGACAUUGCUCAGAAGAUCGUGGCUACAGGAAAGGGAAUCCUGGCUGCGGAUGAGUCGACAGGCACCAUGGCAAAGCGCCUCCAGAAAAUCAACGUGGAGAACACGGAGGAGAACCGCCGCUGCUUCCGCGACAUCCUCUUCUCCUCCGGUGCCACCAUGACAGAAAGCGUGGGUGGGGUCAUCUUCUUCCACGAGACGCUCUACCAGAAAGCCGACAGCGGCAAGCUCUUCCCCCAAGUCAUCAAGGACAAGGGCAUCGUUGUUGGCAUCAAGGUGGACAAAGGCACGGCUGGUCUAAACGGAACAGACGGAGAGACCACCACACAAGGUCUUGACGGCCUCUCGGAGCGUUGCGCCCAGUACAAGAAGGAUGGCUGUGACUUUGCUAAGUGGAGGUGCGUGCUCAAGAUCUCGGAUGGCUGCCCAUCAGCUCUUGCCAUUGCAGAGAACGCCAAUGUCCUUGCCAGAUAUGCCAGUAUCUGCCAACAGAAUGGCCUGGUGCCCAUUGUGGAGCCAGAGAUCCUGCCCGAUGGACCCCAUGACCUUCUGCGAUGCCAGUAUGUGACCGAAAAGGUGUUGGCAGCUACAUACAAGGCUCUGUCUGAUCACCACGUGUACCUGGAGGGCACUUUGCUGAAGCCCAACAUGGUCACUGCCGGACACGCCUGCACUAAGAAGUACACCCCUCAGGAGGUUGCUAUGGCUACAGUCACCGCUCUGAGACGCACUGUCCCCGCUGCAGUCCCUGGCAUCUGUUUCCUGUCUGGAGGGCAGAGUGAGGAGGAGGCCUCCCUCAACCUGAACGCCAUCAACCAGGUGCCCCUCCAGCGCCCCUGGAAGCUGACCUUCUCCUACGGUCGUGCACUCCAGGCUUCUGCUCUUGCGGCCUGGCAGGGCAAAGCUGCCAACAAGAAGGCCACACAGGACGCUUUCUGCAACAGGGCCAAGAUCAACAGCCUGGCUUCCAAGGGGGAGUACAAGCCCACCGGAACAGCUGACCAAUCCUCCAUGCAGUCUCUGUACACCGCCAGCUACGUCUACUAAAUUCUGUGAAAAAUGAAACGGCUACAGAAAAUACAGAAAAUGCACAUGGACCAAAUGUGACGGUCUUCUGCUGGGUGUCCCUCAUUCCUGCAUCACCGGCAGAAGACUGACGAUGUUGAACUACUGUUUGUGUACUUAAUGAAAUAAAUGGAAACCCCAAAA